AUGCCUCCAAGGAAUAAAUAUCUCGAAUUCCAACACGAAGUUGCCCAUGCCGCUGCCCCUCCUGAUGCUGACGGCGGCAGCACCCAUCAUACCCCUCAUCUGAACCCCUGUACUCCCAAAGGCACCGCCGUAGGUCGUGAUCAAGCCCUUGCUGAGACCUCAUCUGCCAUCAUGAACAAAGUCGCCAUCCUCACGUCGUCGACGCACGAGCCUGGCGUGAACAUUCGGCAACGGUCCCUCAUUGCCCUCUUCGGACCAACUUUCGACCUUGCCAUCCGCUUUCAGAGACUGGCCACAAUCGCCUCGUCGCUGUUGUUCGUCUACGGUCACCUGCUCGCUACAUCAACGCUGUCGUCGACUGUAGUUGCGACAAGACUCUUCGCCACCCAUGCGGCGUAUUUCUCCCGAAAGUCCCUGUCGGCUCUUCGACUCUCCAUGCGAACGGCGUGGAACUCCAAGAAGAUACGUCAUAUGAGAAAAAAGCUCUUCAUGGAGUUCGCGACAACGAUACUCGGUCCCGGGGGCAACAUGCUGAUCAUCAUGGUCUUCUGGCCAGGGUGGUUUCUGAUCCUCGGAGCCAUCCUUGCCGUUCGCCUCUUCGCAGGCUGA